AUGGGACCUGAUUGUCCAGAAGUGGUAUCCGGCAGUCCGAGUGGUCAGUCCUCAAACCCCCAGUCCUCAAACCACCCUAGUCCUCAAACCCCCAGUCCUCAACCCCCAGUCCUCAAACCCCAGUCCUCAAACCCCCAGUCCUCAAACCACCCCAGUCCUCAACCCCCAGUCCUCAAACCUCAGUCCUCAACCCCCAGUCCUCAACCCCCAGUCCUCAAACCUCAGUCCUCAACCCCCAGUCUUCAAACCCUAGUCAUCAAACCCCCAGUCCUCAAACCACCCCAGUCCUCAAACCCCCAGUCCUCAAACCCCCAGUCCUCAAAUCCCAGUCCUCAAACCCCAGUCCUCAAACCUCAGUCCUCAACCCCAGUCCUUAAACCCCCAGUCCUCAACCCCCAGUCCUCAAACCCCAGUCCUCAAACCCCAGUCCUCAAACCCCAGUCCUCAAACCCCCAGUCCUCAAACCCCAGUCCUCAAACCCCAGUCCUCAAACCUCAGUCCUCAACCCCAGUCCUUAAACCCCCAGUCCUCAAACCUCAGUCCUCAAACCUCAGUCCUCAAACCCCAGUCCUCAAACCUCAGUCCUCAAACCCCAGUCCUUAA